CUCCCAAAGAAUCCACCCCGAGCCAGAGCCCGUUAUUUCGGAGCAGAGGGAGAGAAGGAGGACAACAAACGCAUUUAAAUCGAAUUACCAUCCAAGCGCUCAGACAGGCCAUCCCUUACUGGGCCAUGAUGGGGAGAUUGUGUGAGCGGCUGCUUGUGUCCCUUCUUGUACUGUGUCUCCUGAACACUGAGUUAACAUGGGCUAAAAGAGGUGGCGGCAGCUUCGGCAGCAGGAAACCCUCAUCGUCCAACAACAGAGGAACACAGUCGAAGCCGUCCAGCUCUCAGCCGGGAAAUUACCCUCGACAGCCGCAGAGUCCCAAUCGAAACAACAAUCCAUAUCCAGCCGGUGGGAGUUACCCUUACCCGGGAACAGGCAACUCCAAUCCAGGAGGAUAUCCCAGACAGAACCAACCAAAUUACCCAGGAGCUGGUAGCAACCCAAACCAGUAUCCUGGUAGAGCCAAUCCUGGAGGUUAUCCAAACCAGAACCCACCAGCUGGAGGUUAUCCAAACCAGAACCCAGCAGCUGGAGGUUAUCCCAACCAGAACCCUGCAGGUGGCUACCCAGCAGCUGGAGGUUAUCCUAAUCAAUACCCAGGGAGAAGUAAUUAUCCAAAUCAAAAUCCACCUGCUGGAGGCUACCCAGCAGGAGGCGGCUACCCCAACCAGUACCCAGGCAGAGGUGGAGGAUAUCCUAACCAGAACCCUGCUGCAGGAGGUUAUCCAGCUGCUGGAGGCUAUCCAGCUGCUGGAGGCUACCCAGCAGCCGGGGGCAGGAAUCCAGGCGGCUACCCGAACCCGUACCCAGGAGCAGGUGGUUACCCAGUCAGAACAGGAAACACGGGACAAGGUUGGGGUGGGAAUCCAGGUGGUUACCCUGGUGGUUACCCUGGUGGUUAUCCUGGCGGUUACCCUGGUGGAGGAGUUGGUGGUUACCCCAACUGGAACCCAGGCAAUAAGAUCCUCAGUCCCCGCUAUGGCGGAGGAGGUUACGGAUAUGGUGGUGGUGGUUAUGGGAUGGGAGGAUCUCCUUUCUCUCGCUCUGUGCAGAGUAUGGGAUACCAGCCCAAGUCCACGGGGUUCGCCAAAAAAGCCAUGAUGGCAGCAGGUGUCGGCGCUUUGGCUGGAAUGGCGGUUGGAUAUGGACUGGGGCGCUUCCCUCGACCGCAUUUCAAUUUCCGAAACCCUGAAGAAGAACAGUACUACAACAACUACAUGUACCGCCGCUAUGGCACUCAGUCGACAGAUCAGCAAGACUACGGCCGCGAUUACGUCUACCAGCCUCCUCCUCGGGCGCAGACUUAUGAGGACUUCAUGGGUCGCUGUAUGAACGGCACCUCUGCCACCACUAAGACCAAAGCCGAUGAGGGGGAUGAUGACACCGUAAGCAUCGAGGAGAUCGGAUACCCAGCCCUGAUUGAGCAAAUGAAGUCCCGGCGCUGCGUAGAGCAGUACAUGGUCUACUCUGAGAGCUUCUUGAAGAAACGAACUGCCGAGCAACAAAUAGGUCCAAACAACGGCAGCCCUCUGAGUUAUGGAGUGAUUCAGUUAUUCACUUCCUCCCUCAUGCUAUUGUCCAGCAUGCUCCUGCUGCAGUGAGGAAGAAAACAGGCGUCCAUUUACCACACCCCAAAUGGCUUUUUAUUGUCUCCAUUAUACCUGCACGUCCACAUUCAGCUAAUGUAUAUUAUCUCUAUAAGGCAAACUAUAGCUGUAUACUGUCACUCUACAAUCGUUUAAUAUCGCUGCAGAAAACUAGCAAGAGGUACGAGAACGCUGACGUGUAGAUAUGGUACAAACUAAAGGGGUCAGUUUAACCAUCAUUUCUUUUUUAUCAAGAAGUAAUUUUGCACUCCUAAUAAUUUGCACUUUUUAACUCUGGAUGGUCGAGCACUGAAAGCAGAUUCAGGGUAGUGAACAGGAUGUCAUUUAGGACAAAAAAUGGGAGCUAAUUAGCCGUUCUUUGAACAUGACCACUCACAGGGAAGUUCACAGCGCUGCAUGCCAGCAUUUUUGCUCGCUCUUAUAAUGGAUCUGUUCUAAUGUGAGGAACCGUCUGUAGCGGAUGAAUGGGUUUAAUGUCUGGCUUUGUAUUGUUGCGUAAUGGCCAAGACCAGUUCACUUAGUGCUCAAUUACGGCUCUGGGCACACUUUGGUACAGACAGUUGCCCAUAAGAUGGUUUGCAUAUUGCGGGACGAUGAUAAAAGAUUCCUUCCCUGAUUUAUAACAUCGUUUUUUUUGAUAUUAUGAAAGUUUAAAGCUACAAGAGGUGGAUCCAUAGAGUAAAGAAGGGGGCGCUUGCAUAGUACGGGAAACAAAAUGAACUAAAAAGUCAUCUCAGUGCAUGGAUUCGGUUCUUCUAGAUCAGUCCCACAGUGUUUGGCCACUUGAGAUUCUAAUGUUUUCCUCCCUUCGUGUAGAAAAAGUCCUUCAAUGGAUGUAUUUAGUAUCCAAGUUUUUCCAGAGACACAACCUCGGAAAUCACAUCCAGAUGGAAAUAGAGGGAAAGUCAUCUCUGACCCACUUCACCGCGGGGUCGUUUCCCUUGUGCUGACAUUCCUUUAUGUGUUUAAGAGAAACAUUUCCAAGCAGCUAUGACAGUUUAUUGACCUGUUGAUGAUGCGUACUGCGCUCCAGAUUAAUGUGAACGUCUCGUGUUUUAAAUUUGGGAGAAUUCGGUGAUACUCCAGUUUAUGCUUGCUCUAAGCACAUUUUACCAAGUACAAUCUAAAUAUCUAAUAUUAUAUUUGAUGUUUGUGCUCUAUGUGGUGCAGAAAGAACUUCACUAACUGACUGUCUUGAACACAUCAUUCGAGGAGAGACCAUAGCUUCUGUUUAUGUCCAAUCCUUGCCACCAUUUAACCCUACAGGGCAAUGGAAGCUUUUUUUUUUUCUUCCUUCAAUACACCAGAAUAAACACUAAAAAUGACAGAAAUCAGAUGUGAAAGUAGCUCUCAGAUAUGUAGUGGCUCUGUGCGAAAUCCUUUAUUGCCCUGACAGAAGGAAGACAUCAGUCAACACUUAAAAGAGCAGCAAAUGAUGCCAGAACUUCACUCACUGACUUUCUUAAACACAUCAUUUGAGGAGAGACCAUAGCUUCUAUUUAUGUCCAAUCCCUGCCAUCAUUUAACCCGACUGGGAAAUGGAAGCUGUUUUCCUUCAAUGCAUCACAACAAACACUAAACUGACAGAAAUCAGAUAUGUGGGGCUCAUUGUGGCUCUGUGUGAAAUCCUUUUUUGCAUGUAAUAGCCCCUGACAGAAGGACGACAUCAGUCCACAAUUAAACAAGCAGCAAGACUGACUGUCUGCAGCUGUUGAGGUACUGUAGUUGAAGAUACUGACUUUUAAUCUGUGCCGUCUUUUGAGCAGAUGAGGUGCAAUUCAGGACUUUAUUGCUGUCUCAAAUCCAAACUCGACUCAUUCUCCUCCCUUUAUGCUGUCAACAGUGCGACUGGAAUCAUUGACAGCAGCUGAAUAUUACACUGGAAAUGCCUGAGGGUGGUUCUCCACUCGCGUACUUGUAUGACCCUCAUGUUUCCGUGCAUGCUCCAAGUUUCCAGGGACACAAGUUUUUUUUUCUUCCUCGAUCCAGUCGCUACGUCUCUUCUUCCAAUCACCUGCAUCUGCCCAGAGAACGGUGGGAAAGUCAGGCAUUGUCGGGCCACUGUAAAUACCUCGGUUUGUUUUUCCCCAAACUCUUUAACAUCCCCUGGCUGUUACGGUGCAUGUCGCUCUGGUAAUUAACAGAAUUGAUAGUCUUAAGAGAUUUAACUCUCAGCAGCGUUUAUUUGCCUGCUGUGUCACGUUUAUGGAGAUUUUUUAUUUGUUUGCGAUUCUUCUGCUAUUCCAGUUGUGUGUUUUGUUCCCCUCUUAAGUUCUGUGAAGCAUUCCGUGUUUUAACAUUUAAACUCAGCUUGCAGGCUGUCAAUAAAGCCAUUUUAAAGGAAUUCCAAAUUAAAGAAACCACACUGUACGGUGUAUUUUGCAGUGAUUGUAUGCAUCCUUUUACAUGUAUAGUGUUUCUAUUCAGCCAGUUUUCCUUUCCGUGCUCCUCUCCUGAUCACGUUUUAUUGAUUCUGGCAACACGAUUUAAGUUGAUCUAAGAUUACAGAUUAAUUUUUUUUCAUCCUGUCUAGCUGUAGAAUAUCUGUAAAGUGCACUUACUUCCCUUUAGGACUGGAUAUUCUGUACCUGUGUUAUCGAGCUCACGUUACCGGUGUGUAGAUGUCUGAGUGACUCUUAAAAUCGCUUUGUAAAUACUUUGUGCUACUCAUCGGAUAAUAUGACUAACACGUUUUAAUAUGGUUUCUCAUGAAUGUGUAUGUGUCGAAUAAAAUAAUUUGCAAAACGGC